CUGCUGCGAACCGGUUCGGACGGACGGAACACUGCGUCGUUUCGGGGUUGUUUCGAGUUCUUGGGGACGAUUCGGAUGACGGUGCAUUCCGGAAAUUGAAACGGGGCUUGCUUUGAUUGGGUGGCACUAAUAACCCCAGAGGAGGAGUGUUGCAAAGUGUUGCACUAGCGAUGCAUAAGCGGAGAAAUCGAAGAGGCGUUAUGUAUCGCUAACGUAACUUGUGUCGUGUGGGAAAUUGCCCCCUUUGAGGGCGCGGAAAUUGGUGUUGGUGAUUGAGAAUCGUGAAGAAUUGUGCAAAGUGUGUAAGGUGUAAAUCAUUUUCCAAUCAAUAGCGAAGCGCUAGCGUGAAGACCCGUGAAAAGCCGUGCGAAAAGGUGAUUUAUAUAUCCCCCAAACGACACGGGUGUGAAAGUUUUCCCACCGCCGGGGCUCGUAUUAAUCAUUUGGGGAGGCGGUCGCAGCUGGAUAUCCGGACCAAAACCAUAUCAUCAUAUCAGCACACCGGUUGAAGGAGAAGUAGCAACAGCAGUUUGAGCGGCAUGUUUUGGAUACUGAGGCGAACCGGAGCGGUCAACUUUUUCAACUCCAUCAACAACAACUACGCGGCCAAGGGAGGCUCGAGUGGGGCCGGUGGGAAUGCUGACAAACACAGUUCCCGGCCACCGCGGCGGGCCUACGGCCGGCUCAGCGUCGAGUCCGACGAUGCCCAAUCGUUGCGACGUGAUCCGGAGCUUAACGACAAUCUGAUUGAUGUGGACGACGAUGACGGUGGCGGCGGUCCCGGCACCGAUCUGCUGAACCUGAACCACAAAAACAACAAUAACAACAACAACAAUGUGUUGGUGAAAAAUCAAAACAAUGCCACGACCACGUUGACCAGCCCGAGCCAAAAGCUGAUUAAUGGGCGCGGUGUCGUCGUGUACCGGGACCGGGACCUGGACGAUGAGGACGAGGAUGCGGAGGGGGGAGAUUAUGGCGGUGGGGAGGACGUGAACCGGAACCAGUCCAACUGCAACGAAACCGACUCGGACCUGGAGCUGGACGCGACCAUCAAGGAGCAGCGGCUGGAGGAGCAGGCCAUCUCCCGGCUGCAGGCCAUGGCCAUGGAGGACGAGGAUGAGUACGAUGAGUCCCUCACCUGCAACGUGUGCGACCGGGCCUUCCACUGUCACCGACAGCUGGCGUCCCACCAGCAAAAGAAGCGACAUUUUGGUUGCAGCGGCUGCGACAGUCUGUUCCCGUCGCUGAUGCUGCUCGAGCACCACAAGGAGGAGUUCGAGCACUGGAGUGACUUUGAGGACGAUGGCCGGUUGCCGUGCUGCAGGCGGAACCGGCGGGACGACGAGUACACGGACACGGAGACGGGCACGAGCGACGCCGAGAGUGAGGAUCUGGAGCGGUUGCUUUAAGGAGGAAGA